AUGGCUAGAUGUGGAGGCGUUUACAAUGACACCAAAACCAACUUGCUCAAGUGGGAUGGACAAGUUCCUCCACAAAGCACUCCCACUCCCAACAUCCUCACACUAUCUUUAAGCAAGACUUGGGAGAUAGCUAGUGAACCUUUCCAUAAGGAAAUUGAUAAUUUAAAGACUUGCGGGGUGGGACCAGGCAUGCCCUUUUCCAACCAAAUAUUGGCAAAACGUCCAAACUUUGGAGUGAUUGGUCUGGUCCCUUGCACAGUAGGAGGAACAAAGAUAGAAGAGUGGCAAAAGGAUACUAUACUAUACAAUCAGUUGGUAGAUAGGGCAAGAGCUGCAAGGGAAAGUGGUGGAAAUAUUGGUGCACUGCUUUGGUAUCAAGGAGAGAGUGAUUGUGGAGAGCAAGACUCCAUGCUCUAUAACGGAAGGCUGGAGAAGUUCUUCAAUGAUGUUUGA